AUGGCUCCUGAUACGCUACUAAACAAAUAUAUUUAUAAAUUUCAAAAGAUUAAUGAUAAGCUUCUGGAACUUCUAAAUAAAUAUAGAUACGCUUAUUUUAAAGCAAUCGAUGUCAUAAAUAAUUAUGAAGAUCUUGUCAAAAGGAAUAGUAAUCUUUUUGAUGAUAAAGAAUUAAGUGAUAUUUAUAAUAAAAAAAGACAAUGUGAAGAAUGUAUACUUGAAGAUGAAAUAGAGAUAAGAAAAAAAUUACACAUUGAAAAGGAUAAUAAUAUAGUGUCUAAUAAUUAUAUAAAAGAUUAUAAUAUAAAAAAUGAAAAUGAAUUGUUUGUUAUGAAGGAGGAAUCUGUCUUACAUAUUAAAGAUAAUAAUCAUAUGAUUAAUAAUAAUGUAUCAUGUAUUGUAGAUAUAAAUGAAAAGAAUAAAUCAAAUUAUAUCGAUUUGGGUUCUCUAGAUUUCAGUGCAUAUAAAGAAGAUGCAGAAGGAUGUAUUCAAUAUUAUGAAAAUAAAGAAAAUAUCGAAGAACAAAAAGUGAGGAGGACUGAAGAAAUAGAAAAGAAGAGAGAUAUGAAAAUUCAUUCAUCCAGAUAUGGAAAUCAACAUGUUAUAAAAAAUAGAAAUAUCUUAAAACAAUCAAUAUAUUCUAAACAAAAUAAUAAUAAUAUGAAAAAUGUUUCAGGUUCAAAAUAUAUUCCAAAUAAGAGUGUUAUAAGUAUUGAUAAAAGUUUUAAAAUAACACAGAACAGAAAUAUUGAAAAUUUAAAUAAAAAAAGUGUAUAUAAUAAUAAUAUAAAUAAUAAUAAUAAUAUAUUCAAUAAAAUGUCUGUAGGUGGUAUAAAUAAAAAAGUUGUUGAGAAAAAAAUGGAUAUACAUAAAAGUACAUAUAUAGGCAGCAAUAAUAAAUUAUUAAACAAUAUGAAUAGAAGUAUAUAUAUAGGAGCAAAGAAAAACACAAUCACAAAUACAAACACAAAUACAAACACAAAUACAAACACAAACAAUAUUAAUAAUAGUGGUAAUAUUUAUAAUAAUAGUCAUAAUUAUAAAAACCCUUAUGAUAAUAAUAUAUCCCUAUUGUCUACAUAUAAAAACACAGGGACUAUAAAUAAAGAAAAAAAAAUGAAUGAUACAGGUAGUAAUAAAACUGUAACCAAUUCAUAUAUACAAAAUAGUUUAUAUAUAAAAAAAGGGAAAUCAUUUAAUGUUUCAAAUAAUAGCGUAUAUGUAAAUAAAAAUAUAUCUCAAGACAGUAUAUAUAAUAAAAGCAAUACUAUUAUAUAUAACAGCAAGAAGAGGAAAACAAAUGAAAAUGAGAAGGAAGAAAAUAAAAGAGCAAAUAAAAAUAAAGAAUAUGAUGAGGAUAAUAAUUGUGAUGAAAAAAAUAAAUAUAACAAAUUGAACAACAACAAUAAUAAUAAUAAUAAUAAUAUAAUUAAUAAAGAAAUGAAUAAAAUAUCUAUAAAUAAUGAUAUUUCUAAAAAUGUAUCUAUUUUAUAUGAUUAUUCAAAAUUUUGUAUACCAAUAACGUUAGAUCAUAUUAAAAAUUUAAUUGAAUAUGAUGAGAAAGACUGUGAAUUUAUUAAUACAUAUACAGGUGGUAAUAUAUCUGAAUUAAAAAAUGAAGAUAAUACAUUAGAAGGAAUUAAUAUACAGUGUGAUAAAACAAAAUGUGAAAAAAUAAAUGAGGAGGUAGAUACAAAUAAAUAUAUCUAUUCAGUAUAUAAGGGAGAUAAUAUAAAAAAAGAAUUAUUUAUUAAAGAAGAAAAAUGUAUUAUAUCAAACAUAAAUAAUAAAAAAAGGGAUGAUAAAAAGAGUUGUAUUACAAUAAAUAAAAAUGUAAAUAUAGAAGAUAAUGAUAUAUCUUCUUAUUCAAAUGGAAAUAAAAGAAAUGUAUGUGAAUCUAAUGAACAAGAUGAAGAUUUAUUUGUAAGAGAAAAGGAUAAUAAUAAUAUAAAUGUGGAGAAUAAUGAUAUUAUAAAUAUGGAUAAUAAUAAUAAUAUAAAUAUGAAUAAUAUUAAUAAUAAUAUAAAUAUCCAUAAUAAUAAUAUAGUUGAUAUUAAUAAAAUAAAUUGUAAUAAUAGUUAUAUGCCCAUUAAAUAUACAUGUGAAAAUAACUCUUUUCAAAAUAAUAAAAACAAUGUAGAAUGUAAUGAUGAUAAUAAAUUACAAUUAGAUGAGGUAGCUACCAAUAAAGUGAUAAUAAAAGAUACUAAUGAUGACGUAAGUUUAAAAUAUAAAAAUAUAAUAUUCAAUAUAAAUGAUGAAAUUAAAAAAAAAGUAAAAAAGGAAGAAAAAGAAGAAAUAAAUGAAAAUGUGGAAUCAUUAAACAUAUUAUGUAAUAAACCACGUAAUAUUAAAAAUGUGCCUUUUCCAUCUUGUCUUAAAAAAAAUAUAUUAUUAAAAUCUGGAGAAAGAAAGAGUGAAGUUAAUAAUAGAUGUCAUUUGAAUUUAGAUAUAAAUGUGGAUGUACGAUAUAUUACUCUAAAUAUGAUUGAUAUAGAUGACACGAUAAAUAAUGGUGUGUGUCCUUAUAAAGAUAUGGAGGAUAAUUAUAUAUAUAGUGAAGAACAUAUAAAGGAUAUAAUAAAAUAUAGUGAUAUACUAGAAAGUGAAAAGAAAACAUUUUUAUAUUAUCGAAAGGAUUUUGAAAGAGAUGAUAAAAAUGAUGAUAAUUAUAAUAAUAUUAAGAAUACGCUGGAUAAUAUUAUAGAAUUUAAAUCAUCUAAUGAAAUAAAAAAUGAAAUAAUAAAAUUAGUAGGUAUAUCCAUAUUUUAUUGUAUAAAUGAAUCAUAUGAACCCACUAAAUCUUUAAUGAAUGAUAAAAAUCUUGAAAUAUGGUUUACAAAAAAAGAGAAAAAUAAAAACAAAAAUGAAGAUAUUAUAAAUAAUAUGAGGGGGAAUAUAUUAGAUUUGAAUUAUGGUGAAGAUAAAGAAUUAAUUUUAGAAAAAAACAAAAAAAAAAAAAAAAAUAAAAUAAUUAAUAAAAGGUUAAGUAGUAUGGGAUAUUUUAGUCAGGCAGUUAUAAUUAUGUUAUGUUCAUUAAAAAGACAAAAUGAAUAUAAAAAUUUAAAAAAAAUUAUUACAUCUAUAAUAUUAUGUACAUGUGAUUCUUCAUGUUUAGAAAAAUUUCUUCAUACUAUUCCAGAAGAGAAUAGUAAAAAUUAUGUUUUAUGGCAAGAAACCUUAAAUAAAUUAAAAAUUCUGUUAGGAGAGAACAAAUGUGAUGAAAUAGUUGACAGGUUGAUGAUAAUAGAGGAGGAUGAUAAUAUGAAUGAAAGUGUAGAAAGAGGUAGAAUAAUAAAUAAUAAAUAUAAUAAUAAUCAUAAUAAUGAUGAAAAUGAUUUAAGUCCAUUCUGCAAAUUUGAUAAUGAUAUGCAUUUCUUUGAUGAUCAUAUAAAUAAUUUAUCAUUCCCUUUUGAAGGUAAAGAAGAAAAAAAUAAAAAAUAUAAUAAUAAUGAAAAGGAAGAAGAAGAAAAGGAAAUUUAUGAACACGACAAAAAUUAUGACCACAACGAAAUUUAUGAAGACGAAAAAUUUUGUCUAUUUAUAUGCAGAAUAAAAAAUGUACAUAAAAGAUUUGGAUAUUUAUUAUUAAUUGAAAGUUUUGAUUUUGUUUAUGAAGAUCUUUUAAAAAAUAUAAGAAAUAAAUUACGUAGUAUUGAAUUAAUAUUAAAUAAGCAUUUAUUAUUAAAACAAUUAUUUUGUAAUAUAUUAUAUAUAUGUAACUGUUUUAAUAAACCGAAAAGAUAUGAAUGGUUUGAAUGGAAUAUGGUAGUUGAGAAAUUAAAAAAAUUAUAUGGAUAUUCAGAAAAUGGAAGAAUAUCAAAAGAAAGAUGUAUAAUGUUAAUACUUGCUAAACAUACAGGAGAAAUUUUUACAGAUAAAGAAUUAUAUUUUUUAAAAAAAAUAAGUACAUUUUAUAUAAAAGAUUUAUAUGAUAAAUGUAUAGAUUUUAUUAACACAUAUUUAGAAAUAAAAAAUGAAAUCGAUACAGAAGAAUUUAUAGAUUCAUGUUGUAUUCAUAACUUAAAAAAUAAUAUAAAAGAAAAUAAUAUAUAUGAUAAUUCAUCUAAAUAUUAUGUACAUGAUAAAUUUUUAGAAAUUGUAAAAAAAUUCGUACAAAAAAAUUAUAAUAAAAUUUUAUAUAUCAUAUGGAAUAUAGUACUUAUGAUUAAGCAAUAUUUAGUUAUUAUAUUCUGGUUUAAUGACAUCAAACCUUUUUUUCCUCUUUUUAAUUAUACAAAUGAAGAUAAUAAACAAAAUAAAUCCAUACAAGAUUUCUUUGUAAAUUUCGUUCUCUUUUUUGAAAAUUAUAAUAAGUAUAUAGAUAUUUUAAAAAAACAAAAUCUAAAUGACAACUUAAAAAAUACAUCCAAUGAUACCUUUUAUGAUACAUCAAAUAUAAAUAUGAAUAUAUCAUCUUCAAAUAUUGAACAUAACAACUUAAGAAAUAAUUAUGAUAUAUAUACAAAUGAUAAAAUAUAUGAACAACCUAUAUAUAAUGCUGAAAGAAAAAAAAAAAAAUCAUUGACGAAUACAAUAGAUUAUGCAUGUUUAUUAAAAAGAAAAAGUGCAGAACAUAAUGAAGCUAAAGAAAUUUGUAAACUAACAAAUUCUGGAAAUUUUUCUGACGUAGAAUUUGAAUUAUCUGAUUAA